UUCUCUUUCGCAAACUCUUAAACCCUAAAAAAGCUUUUCAGAGCUCCUCCAAGCAGUCAACAAGGAAAAGAGAGAAGAAGAUGGGUAGCGACAGUGAAGCAGAGAAGUCAGCCAUGAAAGAUAAGAAGAAGAUAUCAGCUUUAGCACCAAUAGCGAAACCCCUUGCAGGGAAAAAGCUAUGCAAGAGAACUCUUAAGCUCGUUAGAAAAGCUACUGAAUCCAAAUGCUUAAAGAGAGGUGUGAAGGAGGUUGUAAAGAGCAUAAGGCGUGGUAACAAAGGAUUGUGUGUGAUUGCUGGAAAUAUUUCUCCUAUUGAUGUUAUCACACAUCUUCCUAUCUUAUGUGAGGAGGCUGACAUCCCAUACGUAUAUGUACCCUCAAAGGAAGAUCUUGCUACUGUUAGUUCUACCAAGAGGCCUACAUGUUGUGUGUUAGUUCUAACCAAACCCACAAAGGGAGAAAUUACCAAGGAGAAACAAGAAGAAUUAAAAGCAGAUUAUACCCAAGUUGCAGCAGAAGUUACUGAACUUUCAGCCACCAUUUUCUGAUUCACCCUAGGUUACUUCUUAUUUUAGAAAAGUUUGUUAACAUUUGUAGUUUGCUUUUAAUAUGUAAAAACAAAUUAUUAUGUGUUGUAUCUGUUUCACUUAUAAAGUGGGAACUUUAGUCAUUAUUUAGUGUCCGGUUUAGUGUUAAAAAGAGGAUUACAUUUUAUGUAUUUUGACUUGUUAAAAUCGGUCAGAAUUGAGGUUUA